AUGAAACGCGGCCUGCUGUACGCUUGCUGCCGGGAGCAGGGCUACAACAAGCUCGUCCUCGCCCAACACCUCGACGACCUCGCAGAGAGCUUCAUCAUGUCCGCCCUGCACAACGGCCAGGGACCAGUCUGCCACUUAGUACUGCUAUUACGUCUAGGCCGUGAGGGGCUUCGUCGAGACGGGCAUGUAGGUCGCUUUGUCUGCUUGCUUGUGGGAGGAAAGACGAAGUCAAUCUGGGUUGCGCUGUAG